AACUAUAUGUAUUUUAUGAUUGAAUACUAUCUAGCAUGGUAGGCAGAAGUCGAAUUUUUAGAAAAUAAAAUAUAAAUAUUUUUAAUUUAGUACAUACAUACUUUAUGAAAUCGUAAUAUUAUUAUAGUAUCAAAUACUAAGUGCAUAAAAAAAUUGAGCACCUACUGAAGCGCUUUUCGAACAUUUGAGGUUAUAUUUUCCAUAAUCCACAUCCUGCUCCACAUGUGUUGAUGCAAUGGCUCCAGACAGUAUGGAGGUAGACUCAGAUAAUACAAAAUAUAAAGAUGGAGUCAAUAGAAACGCUCGAUUGAUUGUGAGGAACAUAUCCUUUAAAGCUACAGAGGAAUCAUUGAAGAAGCAUUUUAGUCAGUAUGGGACUAUUGAAGAAGUUAAAUUGUUGCGAAAGCCUGAUGGGAAGCUAGUGGGAUGCGGGUUCAUUCAUUACACACAUGUACCAAUGGCAAAUAAAGCCAUAGCUGCUACUAACAAGAAGCCGUUUUUGGAUCGUCCAAUCCAUGUCUCAUGGGCUGUCCCAAAGCAUAAGUACACAGAGCAAGAAGGCCAACAUGCGCCAGAGAAGGAACAAAAGAGAUUUGAUAGUGCCUCUGAUGAGAAGGAGAGUAUCAAAAAUGAAGAAAACAUUAACUUCAAACCAGCAAAAGAUGAUAAAAAUAAAGUGAGAAUCAACCGUAACGCCCGUCUCAUCAUACGUAAUGUGUCUUUCAAAGCAACGGAAGAAUCUCUGAGAGAGCAUUUUGAACCUUAUGGCACAGUAUUAGAGGUGAAAUUGCUGAAAAAACCGGACGGGAAAUUGGUUGGGUGUGCUUUUGUGCAUUUCAAGAAUGUACCAAUGGCAAAGAAGGCUCUUUUGAGUACUAAUAUGAAGCCAUAUUUAGGGCGUCCCAUAUCAGUGGAUUGGGCGGUGGCCAAAGACAAGUACAUGCAGCACAUUGUGAACCAGCAGGUGGAUAUGCAGGACGCGGUCAAGAAGGAGGAGUCUGACAGCGAUGACGAUGACACCAAGCCUAUAAACUUGUCUGGGGAGCUUAAACAGGAGAUCAAAAGUGAAUCGGAUAAUUCCGAUAAAGAAGGAAGUGAUUCUGAAAGCGAACGCUCCGGAGAGGAAAGUGAUGAUGAAGAGGAGGAAGACGAUGAUGAUGAGCAAGACAUUGAUGAUGAUGAACAAGACAGACUUAGUGAGACCAGCGCACAGCCAGCCAGGCAACGUAUAAAGCUGAACGACGCCGAGGACGGCUGCACGGUGUUCCUCACCAACGUCCCGUUCUCGGUGGACCACGACCAGCUCAGGCUGUUCGCGGAGAGUGUCGCGCCCGUCAAGUAUGCGUUGGUCUGUGUCGACAGAAUGACUGAACAUUCCAAAGGAUCCGGAUUUGUCAAGUUCACUAGCAAAGAAGAUGCAGAUAAGUUUCUCAGUCUUCCUCAAGACCAGCUGCGCUUGGAAGGUCAAGUGCUGGUGGUGAAGCCGGCCUUGAAGAGGGAAAACCUCUCGAAGGAUAACAAGAAACAACCUAAGGAUAACAGAAAUCUUUAUCUGGUUAAGGAAGGAGUGGUGGUGGCGGGCACUAAGGCGGCCGAGGGCGUGUCGACGUCGGACAUGGCCCGGCGACUGGCGCUGGAGCGCAGCAAGACGCAGAUGUUGAAGAACCUCAAUAGAUUCGUGUCCCGCUACCGAUUGGUUGUGUCCAACCUGCCAGCCAACUACGACGACAGUUCGCUGCGGAACAUCUGUGUGUCGGCCGCGGGGCGCAGCGCCGCCGUCACCGAGGCCCGCGUUAUGAGGGACCUCAGGGCCGCGCCCGACAGGAACGGGAAACAUCCAUCAAAAGGCUUCGGUUUCGUGAUGUUCACGCGACACGAAGACGCGCUCGCGUGUUUGAGGAAACUCAACAACAAUCCGGACGUGUUCGACAAGAAUAACAGGCCAAUCGUAUCCUUCUCCAUAGAAGACAGAACCGCCCUCAACGCGAGGAAGAAACGUCUCGAAAAGUCUAUCGCCAACAACCCACUUGCCAAAAAAGAGGUUCCCGACAAGCAAGAUAACCAAGCAGAAGGAAACAAGAGAAUUAGGAACAGAAAGAGAAAGCAGCAGUCGACACCGGAUGAAAGCUACGUCAAAAAGCGGAAAUUUGACAAAAACAAUGAUAGUUCAUUACAAAAAAAUAAGUUCCAAAGUAAUAAUGAGCAAAAGCAAAAUGUUAUAGGGCAGUUUGUGAGAAGGCCGGUAGAUGAUGAAUACACAGGUUUGACAGCGAAAGAGGGUAGUCAGCAUAAAAUGAGGAGUAAUUUCAAAAUGCGCGCCCAAGCUGACGUGCACAGACAAAAUGUCAAAAUGGAGAAGAAGAAGAGUUGGCGCGCGCAGAAAAUGAAGAAGGCAAUGAGGGAAAGAGUGAAGCAGCCGAAACAGAAGGUGAAUAAGGACGGAGGGAAGAAAAGGAGGAAGAAGGCUCCACAUCAUAAGACUGGAACGAGGAAUAAUAUACACUAACUUGCUUUUGCCCGAGAGUUCGCAGGGGAAUUAUUAUAAUUGUUUAAGUCGACGUUUUUUAAUUAAAGACUCGCGCACAUGUUAAAAAUAACUAUGUGUAAAUGCACAUCUUUUUGUUAAUAAUAAAAGCAAAUGUAAAAAAUACA